CAGUCAUCCCAUCACCGGCCAGUCGCCAUUGCAUGAGUUGACUGAAGAAAGGAGUGACAUACCACAGUGAUCGGAUGUUCUCAGGAUUGACCGUCUUCAAAUACUGUCAGACCUGUGAAUGACACUCAAGAGUGAUUGAUAGUGCGAAGUUCGCUUAACAAUACUCAAGUACGUAGUUGUGAAUUGGUUGUGUUCGUGUUGGUUGCUGGUGUCUCGGGCAUAGUUUUUGACUCGAUUGCUUUUAUCAGUAUAUAGGUAAAUGUUAGCUGCGUUCACCAUAAAUAUUGAACAUGACAUCAACAUUUUUACGGAGCUGGAACAAGUGUUGUAGAUUCAUCACCUCUGUAUCACCAAGAUUAUCUUCAAGAGGUUAUAGCAAGAUUUCAACACAAUCACCUAGUAAUGUCUGGUUUUGGAGGACGUACAGGGGAAGUACAGGGUCUUAUGACCUGAAUUAUUUCAGUGCAGUUCCAGUUUCAUUUUCCUUGCAACAUAGGAGAUGUCUUUGGGGAUGGCUUAAUGCUAUAUUUAACAAAGUAGAUGAAAAUCGCAUCAGAGAAGUUGGACCAGAUAGAGCAUGUGCUGAGUGGUUACUGAGGUGUGGUGCCAUUAUUAAAUGGCAGAAUAGAGAACUUUGGACCAAAGAUUACAAUAGCUUGCCUCCAGGAGGUGGCAGAACAAUGAAAAUUGAAGAGAUUGAUGCUACAGAUGCAGCGGUAAUGCAUAUUGGAUUUCCACACUUCAAGGGAUGUAAACAUAUCAAGAGAAUAGUGUUUCACAAAGCAAUUUAUCUGGAAGAUGCAGGAAUGGCUUUGUUACCACUUCUAAAAGAUUCUCUGAGAGAACUCCAAGUUUCAUCAUGCGGUAAUGUUACAGCUGAUGGCCUAAGGCAUAUAAAACAGUUAGUAAACCUUCAAUAUCUGCUUUUGUAUGAUCUGCCAGAAAUUCGUGAUAAAGAUGCCUUGCAGAAAGAACUACAAGAAGCGUUGCCAAAUUGUGCUGUUGUCUUUCCUUAUGCCCAGCCUGAAGAUGACCCUAAUGCUCAGCAAAAAGAUAUUAAGGAAUGAUGAUAGGCCUUACUAUUUGCUUGAAGACAGGAUCUUUUCAUCAGCAAAUAUAAACAUCUUGUGAAAUACUGGAAGACAGCUUUGAAUUAUUAGUAGUUUAUAUUUAAAAUAAACAUUAUUGUACACUAGUUUCAUAGCUCAUGGCAAUUUGUAAAUGAGAUAUGUACAUUUAACAAUAUUCUAGUGAUGUAUUCAACUGGCUGUAAUUGUUUUCAGUUACUGAUAAAUGGACAUUAUACGUAUUCUGUGAUGAUGAUGAUAACAUUUAUAACGUGACAAAAUAUGUACAUUUCAAUGUACUUAUGUGUUGCAGUGUGAUAAAGACUUACUGAUCACUUUGCUUCCAUUUUGUGUAAUAAAAAGAGAGUUUUGACUUCCUGCUCUAAUGUGUAUAGAAAUAUCAUCGGCUAUUUUUAUGUAAGCUUUGUUGACCACACAUUGUUGACUUUUGUGUACUGGACCCUUGAGGUUCAAGGUUUUAGUGUAUAGCAGCAAAUAAAGAACCACUGGAAAGUGAA